UUGGCAUCCUGUCUUCUUAGAAAGAUUCUUGAAUCUAGGUCAAGCAGACAUGCCCUUCUUGGCAAUCCAGAGGCCAUCCCCGGGCUUAUAAGCGCGCUCAACCUGCUUAUACAACGGCAUGAACCUGUCAAAAAAGUCGAUAAAAACAAAGCAAUAUGUAUUCAGGAUCCCCAAGAAGAUGAUAUUCAAAAGGCUGCUGGGUCUUCAAAGAAGUCAAGGGCUGAAAUUGAUUGCUCUUACCUCUCGGAAUAUUUUACAGGCAGCCUCAUCUAUCUUUCCUCAUGGCACAUAGCUUGGUGCCUAGUUCAGCUAGCUGAAGAAUCAGAGGCAGCAGAAUUAAUCCGUCUAUGCGGUGGCAUUCCAAUAUUUCUUUCCAUAUUUAAGUAA